UCUGCUUAAUUUCUGAAAAAAUGCCUUCCAAUAGGAUCAACAACCGUAAUGAUCCAAGAAGACCGAACCAAAUCCAUAGACACCCUGCAAGAUCUUAUGAUGAUCAAUUGGCUAAAUGUUUGAUAGUGCUUACUAUAGUAUUUAGUUUGUAUGGUCUUUAUACAAAACGAUCCUGGUGUACCUGGAUGUCUCUCUAUUGUGCAUGUAGAUGCUUUGCCAACUCUCCAGUUGAUAACAAUCAAGGCUUUUGUUGUCUUGUGACAACUGUUAACUCCUUGGUUUGCUAUAACUGCUAUAACCAUGUCCUACUUACAAAAGUUUCUACCAUCUUUCUUGGAGUUUGCUGAAUAUGGAUUUUAGCAAGAAUU